UAGAAAAUAAAAUAUUAGAAGCAUAAAUAGUAUUUUUAUAGAGAGAGAAAGUAAAAAUGUUGGGAUGGAGAAGAAGAAGAAAAGUAGUAACACAAAGAACAGUUGGAGAAGUAUCAGCGUUGUACUCUCCUAUCCCUAAGUUUUCUCUCCUAAUUUCACUCACAUCGAGUUUUAAUUUCCUUUUACUUUUUUUUUUCUUUUUUCUAUAAAUUGAUUUAAUUCCUUUUUUCUCUUUACUCCACUUUUUCUCUAGAUUUUGCUAUUUUUUCUUUCCUUUUUUACACUCAAUCCAUCAAACCCUCUUCGUGUAUCUUGAUUUCUCAUUUUAUUUUGAUUUAAAUAGGGGUUGUACAACUGGGUUUUUGUUUUCUUAAUUCUUUAUCGUCUGAUUUCACUUUUUUUCAUCUUCUUUGUGCUGAUUUUCUGGAUCUGGGAGUUGGAUUUUCGUGGGAUUUUAGCUAAUUUCUGAAUUUGUGAUUCGAUUUAAUCUAGAAAGUUUAUAAAUUUUUGAGUGUUUUUUUGAUCUUUUUUUUUUUUUUUUUUUUUUUUUUCCGAUCUGAGCUCUGAGAGUUGUGGGUCUUUUAAGGCUGAGAUUUUUCGAUAGAAUCAUUUGCUCAAAUUCCCUUGAAUUGAGUGAAUAUUUUGUCAAAAAUUGUUAAAAAGAAUGAGCUUAUUUGGGCCUCAUUUGGUCUGAAUUUGGAUAUGCGAUUACGAGAAAUCGAUGGAUUUUUGUUAGGCAAUUCUCACUGAUUAGCAGUUAAACUGUUUCAGGUUAUUGAGAUGAUUGAAAUGAAGAGUGACAGUGAGAAAAGAAAGACUGCAAGAUGUCGAAAAACAUCCCCUGGUGCUGAAGAGGUUUCCAGUGGCGGAAGCUCUUCUGGUGGAGUUAUUUUAAAGAAAGGUCCAUGGACAGCAGCCGAGGAUGCAGUAUUGAUUGACUAUGUUAAUAAGAAUGGGGAAGGGAAUUGGAACAACGUUAUGAAAAACACUGGUCUUCAUCGUUGUGGGAAAAGUUGUCGUUUACGAUGGGCCAAUCACUUGAGACCAGAAUUGAAGAAAGGCGCAUUCACCAAAGAAGAAGAGAAUGAAAUCAUAAAACUCCAUGCUCAAUUCGGAAAUAAGUGGGCUCGAAUGGCGACAAAGCUGCCUGGACGUACAGAUAAUGAGAUAAAGAAUUUCUGGAACACAAGGAUUAAGAGAAUGCAACGCAUUGGCUCACCCCUUUAUCCCACCGGUUGCCAGCCGACAAAUGAGAAUCUACAAAGUGAUGACAAGAUGUCAUGUCAGAAUGUAGAUGGACAUCAUUCUGAGGGCCAACAGACAAAUUGUGUUGCGAUGCCUGAAGUAAAAUUCCAUCAUUUAGGCCUUAAUCAGGGAUAUCUUGACUGUUCUCAAGCACUGCUCGAUUUAAUUCCUUCUGCAUCCCUUAGUUCAUCUGGAAGCUAUGAAUUCACGUUCCCAGCAAUGAAUCCUCGCAAACGCUUACGAGAGGUUGACAGCCCGUUUUCAAGCAUCAGUAAUGCAUAUGCUUCAUGUGAUCAACAUGAAGAAAGGCCUGCUCCUGUGCAACCUCUUUGGUCAACACCUUUAUAUGAUACUGAAUUGAAUAUCAAUCAAACCUCAUCAGUUGAUGUUCUUGGCAGCCAUGCCUUUAUAAUAAAUGGCAAUUCCUCUUCAUGUGAGCCCGAUUCUUGUGCCAUGAAGCUGGAGCUCCCUUCACUCCAAUGCUCAACAUCUCAAGUAGGUAGCGGGUAUGCACCAUUGCCCCUGUUUCCUUCCUUUGAGUCUGUUGAUCCUGUAAUCCAAUCUCCCUUGAGUAAGCCCACUCAAUCAAUUUGCCUUUCACCAAGAAGAAAUGGUAUGUUGGAGGCUAUUGUUUAUGAAUCACUGUUUUUGAAGAAAUCCAACUGUAAUUCUGAACAGCAGAAUUCAGACCCUUCUGCCUUUGUUGGUGCUGGUGCUGUAUCUUCAUCGCAAAAUGUAUGUGAAACGAAACAGUUUUUGUAUUGUGAUCCGAUAUCACCACUCAGUCCUUCUGCGGCUUCUGAUUUUCCCGAGUACACGCCUGGAUGUGGUCGAAACUCUCCAGAUGAACCUCUGUCAGGUGCGACCAUAUCAGGUUUGUCUUCAAUUUCCAAUACCUUAACAAUUUGCAAACUUCAAUUUCCACAGGUUGACAUCCGAUCCAACCUAGUAGUAAGCAAUCCGCCAAAAGCCGAACUUGCCAAGAGCAUUAUGGGCCAUAACUGUGUAGUUGGGAAACAAAGACAGGCACUAAUAUCAAGCGAGAAGCUGUUGACGUGAAGAAAGACUUAUCAUGUUCAUUAGGGUACAUUAGGCCUGAUGCCUUGCUGAAUUCUUUUUGUUUAUACGCACCAAUUAGAUGUAGCAACAACUACUCUAUCAUAGACGAUGUUGGCGCUGAGUCACUUCUGGUUCUGGGUGAUGAUCUCAGUCGCGAGUACAAGCAACCUGGUGCUCAGCCUUCUGAUGAAUCCAUUAUGAGUCGCUGCUCGAAUUCUUUGUGGGAUUCUUCUCUGCAGGUCCAUCGUUUCUGAAAAAAUGAUUUGAUUAUAUAUAUGCCUUCAUGCAUUCAUCUCACCUUAAAUUUCCUUUAUUGUUCAUAUUUGAACUCGAUUGAAUCUUGUUCAUCGGAAAAACAAGUUCACUGUU